CUUGAAUACAUUCUUAGACACGUAUCAUCGGCUCUCGUCUCUGGUCUCUCCCCCUCUUCGCAUUAGACAACAGACUUAAUUCAGUGCACCACUCACCUGCAACAGCAAGUCAGCAACUCCUACCUGAUCGCCGAUCGCCAUCAAGAAAUCAAGUUCGACUGAAACCAGCAAGUCAGCAACCUCCGGCGUCAAGAACUCAAGUCAGUAGCCAAGGUCGACAAUUAUCGACUGCAGUCUGCAUUCUGCAACCAUCGAAGCUGCUAAGCGAAUCUCAGCCUGCUUCCAUUUUUUUGUUUCAUGCAGAAAUCCCAAGGUUUUAAGGAGCCAAAUUUUCACCAUCUUCAGAUUUGGAAUUGGGUGUUGUUGGAAACUAUUAAACCACAGUUUCUUCAUCAAGAUAAGAUUGUGUCUUCAUACAAGGACAUGGUAAGUGCAUUUCGUACAAUUCUCUAUGUUGAUCAGAUGAAAUUCAUGAAGGAGAAUUUGAUAAUUAGUGAAGAAGUGGGUACGGGCAUAAUGAUGGGAAUCGUCGACGAAAUGGAAAAAUGGAUGAGAGAGGUAGGGGUAAUGGUGGCUUUUGGGGAAGACGAUUGA